CCAGUCUCGCCGCCGACGGCGACCUGCGCGAGCCACUGCCCUGGUCACGAAGAGCAGGGCCUCAACCGGCCUCAACCGCUCUGCGCGAGGGCUCGCGACCUCGCAACAGCCGGACCACGAUUGGUCAACGCCCACCGCAGGACUACUGGUCACCGAGGGUCAGCACCGUCAGCACGGAGCGGAGCGCACCUCAACGCCAUGAGCCAUGAAGAUCCGGGCCCUGCUGACGCUGACGCUGCUGUUGCUGUUCGCGUCAGGUGGCGACGCUGUCCUCGUGCCUGACAACAUCGUGUCGUUCAUGCACAUCUUGUACUCCACCAUCCCGGUCAUCAGGAAGGGUACGGACUCGCGGCUCGGCUUCGGCUUCAGGUUCGGGCCGCACGCCGACGCCCAGGUCGUCCUGGAGCUCGGCCCCCAGCGGCGCACGGAGCCGCUGACCGUCGUGACCACGCAGCAGCCCACGGUGUACGACUCCAAGCGGCACGUCAGCCUGGACCAUGGGCAACCCCUCCAGGACGAGCACCACAUUGACGAGGUGGUCGACAACCACCUUGACGACCACAGGGGCAGAGCUGUGCAGCUAGGAGUUGGGCCAGCUGACGCCACCGGGGGCGGCGGCGGCGAGUGGCUGUCUCGCUGGCGGGCGGGGUGGUCCGCCCCUGCCGCCACCGUCGCCCCCUCUCCAACAUACGCCCCUUCGAGGGCGGGUCGGGGCAUGAGGAUUGCCCUGGCUCCGGUCAGCACCAUCAACCUCCUCACGACGGCGGCGGCCCCGCGCAGCACCACUCCAACACCGAAGGGAAGCGCCCGCUCAGACGGUGCAGGGCCCCUGCGCUCGGUGCGUGCGCACCCCGCGGCGGCGACUCCGAGGACGACGUCGCCACCACCCGUGCCCACGACGGCGUCCCCACCCACAGCGCACCUCCGCGGCGCCGUGGCGGCGUUGUCGUCCAGGACGCCGCCGAGGACGCCGCUGAGGACGCCGCCCCCUCCGGCACCGCCGCGGCAGGGCAUCAUUUUGCAAGUGCUCCGCCAGCUGUGGCAGGCGGGGACCAGGGCGGUCCGCAACAACUGAAAGACAAACGACUGGGCGCAGAACACUGCAGUGUAGUGGAUUUACGGCAUGAACGAUUUUAUUCAAUUUUAUUUUAACAUCUCUCUUUGGAAGCAGAAGUGUUUAUUUCGAAAUAUACACAGGAUCAUGUUGA